AUGGAUGAUCUGCCGGAACGACAGGUCAGAAGAACGCGACCGUUUGGACACAUCGAUAUUAUUUAUUUUGGUCCGCUUUCAGCAAAAAGAGGUGAUAAAACGGUGAAGGUCUACGGAACCAAGCAAGCGCAUGAUAGCAUAGCGUUGAUGAUCCAGGAACUGGAGCAACAACGCCUGAUGCACCGAGAUCAUGAGCGUCAGGAAGAGGAAAGAUCAGGAACGCACAAACUGGCGCAUCAUGUGUUUGAGAACACAGUGUCCAGCCGACCGCAGUUGCGGGAAGUACAACACGCGGUACUUUUACUGCGACGAGUUUGGCCACCAUUCGGUGCUGUGCGACUUGCCGGAGGCUAG